GAGAAAAUUCUGUGAGCGAGUGGGACAGCAUUUCCUCGAAACCUCGCAAGCGGCGGACCCGCAAGUCACCCUAGGGCAGAAGGCUCAGGCACCGGAGGGGGAGGGGCGGUACGUGCUACGCGCCGACGUAACGCGCCGGGCCCCGCCCUGGCCGCCCGCCCUUAUAGCGUAACACGGGCGCGCGCGCACACCAUUGUGUGGCUGGACUUGGCCGCCGCUCCUGCGAAAGGCGCGUGUUUGGGCUCUUGACGUCCCCACACCCGCACCGCGGUUUCUGCCUUACGGGCCAUCUUUCGGCAGCAGCCUCCGGGCCCCUCGCCCGCCACGGACAUGCCGCGCGUCUACAUAGGACGCCUUAGCUACCACGUCAGGGAGAAGGACAUUCAGCGCUUUUUCAGUGGCUACGGCCGCCUCCUCGAAAUAGAUCUUAAAAAUGGGUACGGCUUCGUGGAGUUCGAGGACUCCCGCGACGCCGACGACGCCGUUUACGAGCUGAACGGCAAGGACCUCUGUGGCGAGCGCGUCAUCGUAGAACACGCUCGGGGCCCGCGCCGCGAUCGCGACGGCUACAGCUACGGAAGCCGCAGUGGUGGAGGUGGAUACAGCAGUCGGAGAACUUCUGGCAGAGACAAAUAUGGACCACCUGUUCGUACAGAGUUCAGGCUUAUUGUAGAAAAUCUUUCUAGUCGCUGCAGUUGGCAAGAUUUAAAGGAUUUCAUGAGACAAGCAGGUGAAGUGACCUAUGCGGAUGCUCACAAAGAACGCACAAACGAAGGAGUGAUUGAGUUUCGCUCCUACUCUGACAUGAAGCGUGCUUUGGAUAAGCUUGAUGGUACCGAAAUAAAUGGUAGAAAUAUUAGGCUCAUUGAAGAUAAAGCACGAUCGAGCCAUAGGCGGUCUUAUUCUGGAAGCAGGUCAAGGUCUCGAUCUAGAAGGAGGUCACGAAGUAGGAGUCGCAGGAGCAGCCGCAGUAGAUCUCGAAGUGUCUCAAAAAGUCGCUCCCGAUCCAGGUCUCGGAGCAAAGGUCGAUCUCGCUCUCGGUCAAAAGGCAGGAAAUCCAGAUCAAAGAGCAAAUCGAAGCCCAAGUCUGAUCGAGGCUCUCGUUCACGCUCUCGAAGCAGAUCGAAGGAUGAGUAUGAGAAAUCUCGAAGCAGGUCUCGUUCUCGAUCUCGUUCCCCCAAAGAAAAUGGAAAAGGUGAUAUAAAGUCAAAAUCUAGAUCGAGGAGCCAGUCUCAUUCCAAAUCUCCCGCACCUGCUCCACCCGCAAAGGCUCAUUCUGUGUCCCCUCCACCAAAAAGAGCUUCAAGAUCCCGUUCUAGAUCCCACUCAAAGUCAAGGUCACGGUCCAGAUCGAGUUCCAGAGAUUAAUCCAGAACUCUAUGUUCUUUGCACACUAUUAUGGAACACUUUCCUACUUGCUUAGGCAGUUACUCUUCCAUGUUUGUACUUGGCCUCUCCCGCAAGAGGAAUCCCCUGAAAACACGGGCACACAGAAAUUUGUGGCCAAAUUUGAUGAAAAAGAUGGGGUUCUAAAGAAAUGGUGGCAUGAAGACCUCCUUCCUUCUUUGUAGAAUUAAGAUAACUUUGAUUUUAUAGCUUUUGAGCUAAAAUAACUUUUGUAAAGAUUAAGCUCAUUUAGAUUUUUUUUUUUUUAAGUAUUUCAGCAGGAUCUGCUGCAGGGGUUGUAUUGUUUUAUUUGUUUGCUUUUCAAUUUAAACAGUUUCAAGCUUUGGAUACUUAAGGCUUUAGAGGGAGAACCCAUUUUUCAAUUAUGUUGGCUUUUUAUAAAGCCUAAGUUAUGUAAGAUUUCAAUAAAAGUUUGUUACCAAGAUGAUUGCCUUAUUGAAUAGGUCACUAUUAAUUCCUUUAAAUACUGAUAUCUGCUGUUUGUGGAAACAAUGUAAAUUCUACUUAAAUGUAAAACGAGGAAAGCUUCAAACCAGCAAUAAAUUAUUAAAUUUGGAUAAAAUUAUUUUGUUGUUAAUCAAAUUUGCCAAAGUCAUUGUAUCUGCCCAUUUAACAAGUUAAGUUAAAAAAUAAAAUAUUUUGUAGUCAA